AUGUCGUUCUCUCAGGAAAGAGACUCCAAGGCAUCUCUUUCCCCCGACUGGUCCGCACGCCUGCGCCCAGUCGCAGGUCCCCCGCUUUCCGCCACCCACAGCCGGGUUACGUCAAGAGCCGCGCGCAUUCCCCCACCCCGCACCCGUCUCUACCCCACGCCGUGCGCUUCCCCCGCGACAAGGGGGGAUGGGAAGGCGCACGUGUGGCUGCCGUUUCGGCUGGGGAUGGGUCCAGGUGGACUGGGCGGCAUCUCUUGGCAGCAGACUCUGCACGUGGUGCAAGUGGCGGUGGGAUGUGCUACUGGAAUCGGACGGUCAUCCUUGCACGAUCAUGCGCACCGUAGACAAAGAAGGUCCACAAAACUGCCAUCGCAAUCCCCGUCAUCGCCAUACUCGUUACCAGCAACAGAAUCGUCCUCGUUAAUAUCAUCCUCGUUAUUAACGUCUUCAACAACAGCACCAGUGGCACCAUCAGCCGUUGCAAAGCUGUUGCAGACGGGAAACGCUGUGGCGCUGCUUCUCGUUUGCCAGGCCCUCUUCCCAGCGUCCUUCUCUGUCGCAACUCCCACUAUAGCCGUUCUCCACCUUCUCUUCUCCUCGCCCCUCCUCUCUCCUCUCGCCCGCCUCCUCUCCCCCUUCUCCCGCGCCCUCGCCCCCCUCUCCCGCCUCCUCUCACUCCGCCCCCGCUUGCGCCCGCGCCUGGCCAGCAGCACAGGGGGGGGGAUAGGGGAUGCUGAUGGGGAUGAUGGGCAGGCGGAGGGGGAAGGUUGGGGGACGACGGGGGGAGGCGCGGGAGGCGGAGGCGUGUUUGGGAGGGCAGCAGUGGCGGUGGCAGUGGGCGGUGCUAUACUCAAGAGGAUGGCGCCAAGAUUACAUCACACCUUGGUCUGCCUGGGCGUGUCCCUGCCAAUAGCCGUGGAGUAUGAGCGAGUGCGGGUGCGCAUGGGGAAGGGCCCAGCAGGGGCGUGUGGGAGGGAUGGAGAGGCGGCGUGGAGGAGGGCGCAUAGGAGAGCAGCAAGCCGAGUGGCGAAGCUGAUCAAGACAUACCACGACAUCCCACAGGCUGGUGGCGUCUUGGACCUGACAGAGGCUGCCACUCUGCUGCACUACAGGACAAAUAGCACCGCCCCGUACAUCAUGCCAACUCCAAUCCUCCCUCCAUCACUGGUGUCAGCAGCAGCAGGACCAUCCUUCCCUUUCCCUUCCCAAUUCCUCCCAUCACCCCACCCCUGGCCUUCCACUCACAGUCUAGUCACGCUCUCCUUUCCCCUCUCCUCGCCCUUCCCUUCUCGUACACCACAACAAAAGGGAACGGAGAAAGGGGAAGUGGGGCAGGGGCACAUGGCACGCUCUGAUUGGCCGCUGUCUCGCUGGCAACAGGCCUUUUCUCUCUUCCUUCGGGCUGUCUUUCUCGCUCUCAUCUUCUCCCCCCUCCUCCUCCUCGGCCCCCUCCUGCUGCUGCUGCACCGCCUACUGCCAGACGCACAGGCAGGCGAGGGGAAAAAGGAAGCAGGAGAAGAGACAGGGGAGAGCAAGGGGGUGGUGGCCGCUCGGCAGAAUCAAUCCACGGAAGGUUCCUCAAACAAAUCUCCGUCGGAGCAAGCAGCUGCACAGGAAGCUUCCCAAAAGGAACCUUCCAUGAAGCAGUGGUGCCGGGACGCCAUCCACCAGCUUCUACUCUUCGCCCUGCGCCGCGGGGGAGCAGCGUUCAUCAAAUGGGGCCAGUGGGCGUCCACCAGAGAGGACCUGCUCCCCCCCUCCCUCUGCCUCGUCCUCGGGUCCCUCCAAGACCAGGCUCCCACACACUCCUUCUCCCACACGCGCCGCGCCGUGCGGAAAUACCUCGGGUGCCCGUUGGAGGAUCUGUUUGUGGAGUUUGAGAGGGAGGCGCUGGCGUCGGGGAGCAUAGCGCAGGUGCACAGGGCGAGAGUGAGGGGCGCGUGUGCGCACGUGCCCGAGUGGGUGGUGGUGAAAGUGAGGCAUCCGCGCGUGGGGUUGAGGAUCAAGCAGGAUUUUGAGGUGAUGGCGGGGGUGGCUGCGGUGGUGGAUCGAGUGGGGCUCAAGUGGAUUCGGCUGCAGGAUAGCCUCGAGCAAUUCAGUCACACGAUGCGAGAGCAGGCUGACCUAAGGGUAGAAGCAUACCAUGCCAGCCGCCUGUACAAUGACUUCUAUCCCGUGAGGGAGAGGGUGGUGAUCGCACAGGUGCUGCCUCACCUGGUGUCGGAGGGGGUCAUCGUGGAGAGCUUUGAGCGCGGGGAGCCGCUGCACCGGUUCCUGCACACAAAGGAGAACAACUCGCUCAACACACAGAUAGCAGCAGUGGGCGUGGAUGCCUACCUCAAGAUGCUGCUACAGGACAACCACAUCCACCUGGACCUGCACCCUGGGAACAUCCUGGCUCGCAUGGCAGCACCCGCACCUGCACCACCCACCAUAGGGGAGGGUGGGCUACAGCCGGGCGCACUACAGCCGGGUGGGCUUAAGCAGGAGGCGCAGGCGCAGCAGGGGGCGCUACAGCUGGUGAUUCUGGGCUAUGGGCUGAUGGAGGACCUCAGCCCACGCCUUCUGUGCUACACCGCGAUGUUUCCCCCGUCGUCCAUCCAUGGCGGCGCGGGCCGAGCCUCGGGAUCAUCGCCGUCGAUAAGUGUGUCCGUUAGUGGCGGCGAUGGCGACUCGGACGUGCUGGAUCACCGGCAACUGCUGGGGCUGCUGCAGGUCGAGCGCAGGGAUGCGCGGGGGGAUGCGCGGGGGGAUGCCGGGGGAGCGGGCCCGUGGAGGCUGGUGCCAAUCGCCAAGGAGCUGGUACGCGAACACGGGGCGCGUCAUUGCCAUGCGUGCCAUUCAGGAGAUGAAGAAGCAUCAGGAAGUGAUGCUGCUCGUGAUAAUUAUCCCUACAUUCCCUCCCCUCCCCCCUUUCUAAUCCCCCCUCAUCCCCAGUCCCUAGACGCAGGACAUUUCAUUGCAGUGCGGGCCAUUCAAAAGUUGAGGGAUCAGCAUGUGAUGACCCUGGACGCGGGCCAUUUCAUAGCAGUGCGUGCCAUUCAAGAAUUGAGGGAGCGAAACCGGAGUUCUGGGGGGGAUCGGCCGCUGCUGGUGGGGAUUGGGGGACCGUCUGGGUCUGGCAAGUCAAGUCUAGCCCAUCGCAUUGCGAGCAUGCUGGAGGGAACGGUGAUAGAGCAAGCGAAUUACAUGGAUGCAGCGAGGGGGCCGGGCGACAUGCACGCUGUGAACGCCCUCGACAUGGAGUUAUUGCACCGCCACAUGCAGGACCUCCUCGCUGGGCGGCCCAUCGAGAUGCCUCUCUUUGACUCUGUUGACCGCCGCCGCUCGGGGUUCCGCCUCAUUACGCCGUCUCCUUCCGCUGUGAUUCUUCUCAAGGGCGUGUACGCACUGCACUCGCGCCUGCGCCCGCUGUUGGACCUUGGGAUUGCCGUGGUGGGGGGCGUGCACUACACGCUGCUGCAGCGGGUCAAGUCUGACGUGGCACAGAGCGGCCUCCAGCUGUCACUCGCCUCUGUCAUGCACUCGGUGUUCCCUGCGUUCCCGCUCCACAUCGAGCCGACACUCGCACAUGCAGAGAUCCGCAUCAGCAACAGCUUUGUGGCCGACUCCCUCCGCCACCCCUUCUACAUCCUCAAGUCCGACCAAACGGUGGCAGAGGACAGAGUGAAACAGGUGCUGGGAUCAACCCGUACCACACGCAACGAGUACCGAUACGUGGACGUCUACCUCUCUCCACCCCACAACCCCACGCGCACCAAGGAGUGGAUUCGAGUGCGGCAGUGUGGCAUUCGCUACUUCUUAUCGGUGGGAGACCAGAGAGUGGUCGAUCGGAGCUUCAUUAUCCGGCCCCGUGCUGAGUUUGAGGUACCGUCCACCACCCUGCCCGGUCUCAUCCAGUGCUCCUACGCGGUGGCAGUCAGCUUCUCACGGGACUCUGUGGUGCUCUCCAACGGCGAUCUCUCAGUGUGCAUUGACACCAUUCACUUGGGGGACGGGCACAGCCGCACGUUCACUCAAAUCAAGGGGCCGGACAGGCAGACGGUGCUGACAGCAGCAGCGGCUCUGAGAUUGGAGGGACCGUGGGUCACGGACGCUUAUGUCGACAUCGUUAUGCGCCAUGUUGGUGCCCCUCGUCUGCCCACCCCACCCCUCUCCUCAUCCUGGGUGCGCUUCGAAUCAGAACAGCUCGAAUCCCUCACCUCCUCUCCCUCCUCCUCUUCCUUCCUCUCCAUCCCCUCCUCCCACCCACCCCUCUCCACCACACCCGAACCCUCCCAAUUUCAACCACCCCCUCCUCCUUUUCCUUCUCAAUCCCCUCCUCUAUCCCACUCUGACAUUCCUUCACCUCCAUACCAAUCCCAACUCCCCUCCACCGCAUCACCACCUCCACCCCAGUCCCGUUUCCCCUCCACCAUCUCACCACCUCCCUCCCAGUCCCCUCUCCCUGCACGCAUCGCCUCAGCCCUCUCUGCUGCCUCUGCGCCUCUCCCUGUGCGCCCACGAGCCAUCAACGUCGGCUCUCCAGGCUCAUCUGGGGGAGGUGGAGCUGCCGGGGGGGGUGAGAGCAGGCCGGGGGAGAGACGGGUGGAGGAGAGAGGUGUGGAGAGCGGUGUGGAGGAGCAGGAGCCGUGGACGCGGUCUCCUACCAGAGCGAGUGAAGCAGCAGCCAUGGCUGCCCCGGCAUCGUGGGGCCUCACAGGCCUGGCGGACUCUGUAGGCCUCAUGCACACUCAGAUCAUCCAGCAAGCCAUGUCUGGCGGUGAGGCUGAGGCGGAACCCCCUCUCAGUACCACCGCUGCUACUGCAGGGAACACCACCACUGGUGCUGUAACUAGCACUACCAUCGUCAGCUCCAGCAGCAGCAGCAGCAGGACCGGCACCGAUGGUGCUGCUGCUGCUGCGGAAGAGGGGAUGGGAGCAGCGGGUGGCGAGGGUGUAUAUGGCACUGCCUCCACCCUUGCAGCGUCCACGGGAGAGACUCUGGCUGCCGCUGCUGCUGCUGGUAGCGACGUGCAGCAGCAGCAUCCAAGGCAGCAGCAGAGAAUCCAGCUAGGAUCGGGCAGUCAAGAGCUUGGUGACCGGCAGCGUAUGGGUGAGCAGCAGAGGGUGGUGCAGGGAGCGCAGCAGGGAGGCGGGAUGGCGGAGGAAGGGGCUGCGAGGCGGGGCGGAGAAAGGGAGGGACCAGGCCAGGAAGAGAGCGGAGGUGCAUCAGAGCGGAGGGGAGAUGUGGAGGGGGAAAUGGGAGGGCAGGCAUCGGCAGUACAGAGGGCGCGGUUUGACCUCAUUCCGAAGCGAGAGCAGUUCAACUUUGACAGAGGGCUUAGCCUUGCUGUGAUGGCCGUGCAGAAACUCCUUCGCAGCAACGGUCCUCCAGUCAUAGUGGGCAUUGGAGGCCCCAGUGGCUCAGGCAAGACUAGUCUGGCCUCCAACCUCGCGCGCCUGCUCUCCUGCGACCUCCUCUCCCUCGACUCAUUCUUCAACAAUACAGCUGACGGCACCAACUACGAUGACGUGGCGGUCGUGGAUUGGCCGCUGCUGCGCCGCACGCUGCAGGACGUGCGGGAGGGUCGGAAUGCGGUUACUCCGGUGUUUGACUUUGGCACGAUGAGGAGGGUGGGGUACCGCCCUGUGCACAUGCAUGGGGAUGGGCAAGUGCUUGGGCGUGGAGUUGAUGUUUCAGCAGCAGCUGAAUCAUCUGCAGCAGCAGCGGCAGCAGGAGUUGAGGCAUCGUGGGAUGCGGCAGCAGGAGCAAGGGACGGCGGCGCCGGCGCCAGCAGUGGAGUGCUAGUGCUGGAGGGAACGCACACGCUGCAUCCACUCCUGCAGCAUCGGCUCGACCUGCGCAUUGCUGUGGACGGGGGAGUCCACUCGCACCUGCCAUCACGAGUUCUCUCCGACCUGCAAGCAUGCAGCAUGCCGCGACCAGCAGAGGAAGUGGAGGCAACACUCUUCCCGCUCUUCCGCACCCAGAUCCAGCCCUUCCUCUCCACGGCACAUCUGCGAGUGGUGAACAACUUUGACCCCUUUCACGCCCGCGACGCUUCGCAGUUCGUCCUCAAGAGCGACAAGAAGGUUACGGAGGAGGAUAUCUUGCGAGUGGUCGACCCCUCCACCCACCACCGCCGCCAGCUGUGCUACACGGAUGUCUUCUUCUACCUGCCUGGGCUGCACCCAGAGGGGCCUGUGAGGGAAUCUGAUUGGAUCCGCGUCCGCUGCUGCAACAACCGAUUCGCUGUGCUCAUUCGUGAGCCACUGACAGAGGGCGACUUUGUGAUUCAGCCGCAAGUGGAGUUUGACAUCGGGCUCUCCACAGUGGCAGGCUUAGUCAGGCUUGGGUACAAGGCAGGGUUGUUCAUGGAAGUGUCAGCCACUGUGUUCCAAGACGACCAGAUCUCAGUGGAGGUGGUGGGAAUCAAGGGUCUCAACGGGAGGCGCUUUGUGCAAAUAAAGGGAAGCAGCCGGGAUGCCGUUGCUGCCGCAGGGAGAGCCAUGAGGCUGGAUGGGACGUACGUUACCAAGCCAUUCGUGGAGAUAAUCCACGACAGCAACCGAGUGUUCUUCUCAGAGUCGGUGGACGUCCGCCACAGCCAGCAGGCCGCCCACCUGCACGCCCUGCUGCAACGGGUAUCUCCCCAGGCUGCUCCAUCCACCGCAACAGCCAGCUGCCACGUCAGCAUCACCAUCGACCGCCAGCCUGGCGGCCCGGCUACAGCUGCUGGACGCUCGGCUGACCUCGCUGGAGCGAAUGCAAUUCCUCAACACGGCUCUCCUGUUGUUCUAAGCGCCCCCCACUCUCUCUCCCCUUUCCAUUCCCCCCCCUCCAGGCUCUACUAG